AGAUUUCGCCUCUUCUGCGCCAAGGGCCACUCUCAAAACGCCUUAUUUAUAGAAAAAUAUAAAUUAAUUUUAAAUUCCCAAUAGUUUUGAACGGACCCAAUGACCGGCGUGGGCCAGAGUGUGUUUACCUCGUCCUCCACAGUGCAAAGCAACGUCUAGAGUCGCCGGCCACGAACACACGAAAGAAACCAACGACAAUCUUGCACAAUCGCUAACCGUGAGCCGAAUCUACACGAAAUAAAGGACCUCCGGCAGGAUGGCAGAGGCAAUGGUGGUGGAGGACCGGUCCGCCGAGUCCAAGCGAUUCUUCUGCCACAUGUGCAACGUGGAGAUCAACAUUCCCAACUCGGACUUCACCUGCCCGCUGUGCGCGAACGGUUUCGUGGAGGAGUUGCCGGCAAACGCCCCGGAGAUUGCUUCUCCGGCAGCUGGAGCACCCGGCGGUGGACGAUCCGGAAGCAGUGGCAGUGGCAGCGGCUCCUCUGGCUCCCACGACACCCUGAGCAGGGGCAGCUCAUCGGGCGGAUCGCAGGUGAAUGUGGAAUCGCUGCGAAACGACAUAGUGUCGCUGCUGAACAUGCGAAAUGUGUCCAACCUGGAGAUCACCAUCGAGCCAAACAGGCGGCAUAGCAAUUUGAUGCUGGGUGCCUUCACCGGUCCCUCGGGCAGUGGCGCUGGUGGCGGCGGCCUGACUGCCGGUGGACGAGUGCGUCCCGCCAAUCUGGAUCGGCUGGACAAUGUGCUCUUUGACUUUCUGCAGAGCCUGCCACUGGCCGGCGCCACGGCGGAAAUAGUGACCGGGCCAGGUGGCGGAGGAGGAGUCGGUGGAGGCGGCAAUUCGCACAUGUUCUUCAUGGGCAACCCUGGAGAUUACGCUUGGGGCCGCGAGGGUCUGGACACCAUUGUCACCCAGAUGCUAAACCAAAUGGAGACUUCGGGACCGCCGCCCUUGUCAGCGCAGCGCAUUAACGAGAUACCCAAUGUGCAGAUCAGUGCCGAGGAGGUGGAUCGCAAGAUCCAGUGCUCCAUCUGCUGGGACGACUUCAAGAUAGACGAGAUGGUACGCAAGCUGCCCUGCUCGCAUCUGUACCACGAGAACUGCAUCGUGCCAUGGCUCAAUUUGCACAGCACCUGUCCCAUCUGCCGGAAGUCAUUGGCGGACGAGGGCAGCGAUGCCGACGAGGAGUUCGUCAUGUUGGACGGAUUCGGGCCAGAAGCGGGGGCUGACUCUGCUAGGAGCUCGGUCAGCACCGCCACAGGAACACAGGUCAAUCCCUCGCCGGCCAACAACAGCAGCAGCAUCGCUAGCCAGACCACGGCGGAAAGUAGUGGCCGAGGACGCCCGGAGGUGUCCGCUAAUCCCGCCCAGCCAGCCCGCAACAACGUCUUCACCUUCGACGACGACAACAUGUUUCUGGACUAACUGGCAGAUAGGCAGGCAGUGAAUCGAGAUCGAUUGAUAUUCAAAAUUAAGCCAAAUAUUGGCCGCGGCUUUAGAAGUUUAGCCCUAAAACAUAAUUAAUCAUAUAUAUUUAUAAUAGUUUCUCCUCACGCUUAAUUUUGUUGUUGUUCGAAAUAACGAUUUGUAAUAAACAACACGGAAUAUACAAUUCCGUUGGCUCUGCAUAAAUCAA